AUGUGCGAUGUGUUGUACCUCUCACUCAGCGGUGCAGUUCUGCAUGCACGCGGGGGGAUGAUUGUCGGGUCCUCGCAUCCAAGAAAAGGCACAGUGCAGCAGUCGAAACGUGGGAAUGACCAAAUGGAAGAAGCUUCUAUUCUUCCAGAAGGUCUUUUGGCCCCCGACCGUUCCCCCUGGGACUCCACCACUUCCCUUCUAUCCUUCUAUUUACCCUACCCUCCUUCUCAAUGCGGCCACCGAGCGGGAGAUGCCAUCGGGGGUGUGACGUCUGGACUGGACGCGAGGAAACUCGGCGGUCUUUGUACAGUCUCCCGCAACCCGCAACGGAGAGAGAAGCCACUAUCGCGACACAUACGCCACAUCCACCACCCCACUUGGCCAUGGAUUGAGAUGAUUGCGUGCGUACGGCACGGAAUUGAGGGGAUACAGGUCACAGAUACGAUGUUGGAGUCGGCUGCUACUGCUACUGCUGCUGCUGCUGCUGCUGCUGCUGCGCUGUGA